AUGAACUUAAGUAAAUCUCUGCUAUAUUUUUUAAUAUACUGGUUAGUAUCAUAUCGCAUUAAGUUCACAGAAAGUACCGGCUUCGCAGCAAACCCAGCUGGAGGAGGUGGUUUCGGUACAGGUGGCGGUUCUGGAUUUCAACUAGUGCCAGUAGACAUCGUAUCCAGAAAAAGUACUAAUGAAAUAUAUUAUAAGCAUUAUGUGGAAUUGAACGCGGAGAAGUAUAUUUGUAGGCCAGGAUUUCGAAUAUCGCAAGUUUUAAUUAACGGGAACGCAAUCAAGGACUGCACUGAUAAAUGUCCCAAUAGAGCUAUUAUAUUAAAGGAUGCUAAUAAUGAGCCUAUACUUCGUCUACUGGCCCUGGGCGACGCCGACCCAGACGAACCAGACCCCUUUACCUUUACCUCAGUCGACUUAAAUUCCAGGAAGAGUACAGCUGAAGUGGAAUACAAGCAUUAUGCUGACUUGAAUGCAGAGAAGUAUGUGUGCAAGCCAGGAUUCCUAUUUUCUGAGAUUUUAGUGAAUGGCAAGCCCUUAAAGAGAUAUGAAGAAAAAUUCCCGAAUAGAGCUAUUAUAUUAAAGGAUGAGAAUAAUGAGCCGAUACUUAGGACGUUGGCUCCAGGAGACUACGACCCGGACGAGCCUGAACCUAUAAUCCUUACUAGUGUUGAUUUAAAUUCGAGGAAAAGUACCAACGAGGUCGAAUAUAUUUUCUAUGCGGAUUUAAACGUGGAGAAAUAUGUGUGUAGGCCAGGAUAUCUACUUUCGGAGAUUCAAGUAAACGGAAAGCCUAUUAAGACGUACACUGAGAAGUUUCCCAACAGAGCGUUUAUAUUGAAAAACGAAGCCAACGAGCCUAUUCUUCGGCUCUUAGCUCCUGGCGACGUUGACCCUGAUGAACCACCAGACUCUGUAGCAUCACAGACAAGCCUGCCAUGUCAGUCUGGAGUCGACGCAUCAGGGUUAAAGCUUGUAGCAGUGGACAUCAACGUCAAACUCAGUACAGAUGCAGUAGAAUACACAGUGUAUGAUCAUUUGAGCCUCGAGAAGUUCCAGUGUAAGCCAGGAAUUGCCAUUUCUGAAAUCCUAAUCAACGGGAAGUCAUUCAAACAGUUCACUGAAAAUUACCCCAACAGAGCAAUCAUCUUAAAGGAUGAAAAUGGCGAACCAACUCUGCGAGUGUUACGACCCGGCGAAUUUGACCCAGACGAGCCCAUUGACAAUAAGUUUAUAGCCGUGGACAUAAACGUGAAACAGAGCAAUGAGGGAAUCGAAUACACAGUGUAUGAACAUUUGAGCCUCGAGAAGUUCCAGUGUAAACAGGGUUAUCUUAUAUCUGAAAUAUUAAUCAACGGGAAGUCAUUCAAACAGUUCACAGAAGAUUUCCCGAACAGAGCAAUCAUCUUAAAGGAUGAAAAUGUGGACGUUAAAUAUAUUCAAGUAGACAUCAAUGUGAAGCAGAGUACAGAAGGAGUCGAUUAUAAAGUGUACGACGAACUGAGCGCAGAGAAGUUCGUAUGCAAAGAUGGCUAUCUGAUAUCAGCCAUCUUAAUUAACGGGAAUGUAUUUCAAGAGUACACUGAAGAUCACCCCAAUAGAGCACUAAUCAUAAGGCAGAAUAACGAGCCGAUACUCAGGGUAUUAAAACAAGGGGAAUAUGACCCCGACGAGCCAAUAGACCAAGUGCCUGGAGGAGCCGCAGGCAUACCAGGUAUAUCUGAUGCCAUGCCAUCAGCACUCCCGGCAGCACUGCAGCCGCAGCCCACACUAGGCGCGCCUGCAGGGAUCACUUACAUCACCAUUGACGUCACAAACUAUCAGAGCACCGAUCAGUACGACUAUCGCAAAUAUCCAAACAAUAUUCAAAAGUUCUUAUGUAAACCAGGGUUUUUAGUACAAACUGUUACACAUGGCGGCGACCCGGUGUGGAAGUACGAAAAGGGAGACUACCCUAACAGAGUUCUCAUACUGAAUGACCCCCAGGGCAACCCAUUCAUGAAGUUGCUGGCGCCGAAUGAAACGGACCCGGCAGAGCCAGUAGACGAAGUGACCGUGACAGUCCCGAUACUUCCGCACCUGCUCCAAGAUGCAAAGCCGCCAGUCACACUCAAUCUGGACAACCUGAAGGACACGGACGAAGUUGAAUACAAGUACGAUUCAGCCAAAAACAUACACACAUUUAAAGGCAAAGGAUCAGUAACAUUUAAAGACGCCGUGCAAGCCGGCACCGUUGUGUGGAAGCACGAAAAGGGGGAUUAUCCGAACGAGCUGCGCAUACUAACAGAUCUCACAGGUAAGCCGUCAAUAGAGUUCGGCUUCCCAGCAGCGAAACCCCCAAUUCCGUCCCUGGCGCCACCAACCUCGCAAAAGCCAGAGAUAGCAGAGCCCCCCCCGGACCCGAACGCCAAAAAGUCAGUAGAGCUAGACCUGAUCGAAACGGAAAACACCAACGAGUACACGUACCAGAGGUGCGGAGUCGUGGACAAGUUCAUCCCCAAGGGCAACCACGCGUUCAGAGUAGUGAAGCAUGGAGAGAUGGAAGUGUGGAGAACCAUUGACACGAAUAAAUUUGCAAUCAAGGUCGAGGUGGAUCACAUGUCAGAUGAUUAUAAGUUGUUGGUGCUGUACCUACUUAACAACAGCAGGAGACUGUUUAAGAAGAAGGGCAAGAAAGCAGCUUGGGUCCCUUUCGACAUCAACACAUUAAAGGGAUCCACGCUGAACGUAGCCAACACGAGCGGAUCUAACUACCACGUGGCAAAAGACGGAUUCUUUAGAACAUACAACGCAAAGGAAGGACAGGAGUUCAUUAAGGUCGUCGAGAAUAAUAUUAGUAUCUGGGAAGCCAAUGACGUUAUUGAAUACGCAAACAAAGUGGAACUCGACGCAUCGUCGGAUAACAUGGUAGCCACGAUCUAUUCAUACCUAGACAAGGUCAGAGUAUACGAGAAGUCUGUCUUGAAUAACCCAUGGGUAAGAAUUGACUUAACAAAGCCAAAUCCGGAGCCAAUAAACAUCAAUUACGAACACAAUAGUUACUUCUACUACAACGAUAAGGUGGCAUCAAUAAGGACAUUCCUUGCUAAGCACGGAUUUGUCUUUAAAACAGUCACAGAGUUUGACAAAGGCAAGAAAACAGUCAUAUGGCAAGCGAAAAAUGAGAGUGACUAUGCAUAUAAGGUGGAAGUGGAUACAAUGACUGAUAGUAAAGUAGUAACAAUACACGUUGAAAAGAAACCGCCUAAGAUAUUUGAGAAGAUUAAGAACGGGCCCUGGAACGCAUUGGACAUAAGUCAGCCUAUUCCGAAGUCAAUUAACUUAUUAUACAAACAUGACACAUACACUUGCACAUACAAGUACGACAACGGUCUUAAUACCUAUGAACCCAAGGAGGGAUUCCUAUUCAACGGAGUCAGAGAGGAAAAAAAUAACGUAUGGACGACGUCGAGGGCUAACGAAUAUGCAUUUAAGGUAGAAUAUGCGAAGCCGGAUUACGGAAAGAUAUUCGUAUCAGUUCACAUGUCAAACGACUACACGAAGAUGUACAUUAAGGACAAAGAAAAUGAUCCCUGGACCGAUAUCGAUACCACUAAAGUCAAUCCAAGGUCCCUGAACAUUGAGCUUGACUACGACCAGUACUACUUUAACACGAAGGUUGUUAACAACAUCAGGAAGUUUAUAUGCAGGGACGGCUUUGAGUUCUAUAAGGUGAAGGAAGGAGACCGCGACUUGUGGAAAACGGAAAACCCAGACGACUACAGUUACAAGGUGGAAAUGGAUCUUAUCAACAACGACGCGAAAGCAAUUACGAUCUACCAAGAUAAGAACAGGACGAAGGUGUUUAGAAAGGCAGCAGCCAGGGAACCAUGGACUGAGAUAGAUACCACCAUGGUAAACCCGCGCUCAGUAAACAUCAAUUACCUCACCGACAGCUACUUCUUCAGAAACAGAGUGGACAACAACGUGAGAACAUUUACGCCGAGAACAGGAUUCAUCUUUAAGUCGGCCAACGAAUUCCUCAAUGACAAAAAGGUGGAGUUCUGGACGGCGAUGAAUGAAAAGGAGUACGCGAACAAGGUGGAGGUGAUAGACUUCUUCACAGACCAGAUGUUUGAAGUGACGAUAUACCAGAUAGACCGUGUCAGGAAGUUCGUGAAGGACUCAAAAACGGCUUGGAAGGAGCUGAACCUGCGCGAUAAGAACCCUGUACCCGUAGACAUCAUGUACCACAGAGAAUCUUACAAGUUCUUCAACAGGCUAGAAAACUUCCUUAGAACCUUUACGGCGAAGCAAUCAUUCCUCUUCAACAACGUGAAAGAAAGCGAUAAAGACAUAUGGAGGACAGAGAAGCCGGGCGAGUACGCAAACAAGGUCGAGUUCGGAGUUCCGCCGGUCGGCCUUGCCUACGUGACAAUAUAUUUGGAAGACGAGUCCACCAGACUGUACACGAAGGAUGAACCGAACAAGCCAUGGCAAUCAGUGGAUCUGACGCAACUCAUUCCAAAGUCCAUCGACAUCAGCCUCGAAUACAGCAUUUACUACUGCUCGUAUAAGCUCGAGAAUAACAUCGUGAAACUCAUCGCCAAGGACGGUUUCGAGUUCUACAAGGUCAAAGAGUACAAUAAUGAAAUUUGGAAAACGGAUGACCCGAAGCAGUACGGUUACAAGGUGGAAGUGGACCUGAUCAACAACGACAGCAAGGCGAUCACCAUCUACCAAGACAACAAGACGCUUGUAUUCAGGAAGAACGGCGCCAGGGAACCCUGGACUGAAAUUGACACGACAAUGAUCAAUCCACGCUCCGUCAACAUCAACUACCCGAACGACAGCUACUUCUUCAGAAACAGAGUGGACAACAACGUGAGGACAUUCAGCGCGAGGGCCGGAUUCUUGUUCAAAUCUGUCAACGAGUACGUCAACGACCAGAAAGUUGAAUUCUGGGCCGCUGCAACCGAUAAAGAGUUCGCCACGAAGGUGGUAAUUGAGGCUGAGCGAAAGGUGACCAUUCACCUGAGGGACGGAGUGAGUAAGAGGGUGUUUAAGAAGGGCAGCAACAACAUGUGGACGGAAUCCUCUUAG